CUUAGGGUUUCACACCAUCACACAACUGUUUUCAUGGUAUCAGAGCCCUAGGCGCCGCCAUGGCUACAAACAACAACGAAAACCAAGAUGCUUCUGCAUCUGACCCAGUAUCAAAUACACUCUAUCCCAUGGAAGAUCCUUACUUCCUUCACAGUUCUGAACAACCUGGUUCUCUUCUGGUGGGUGAAAAGCUCGCUGCAAUAAACUACAACGACUACAGCCGCGCAAUGUUCAAUGCCCUCGCAGCAAAGAACAAGCUGGGCUUCCUGAAUGGUGCUAUUCGUGAAACUGCAGAAACAGAUCCCAAAAGAGGAGCAUGGGUUAGGAACAACAUCAUGAUCCUCAGUUGGAUACAACAAUCGGUUGAAUAUGACCGAAAAGAUACUCAACAACGAGAAGAUACUCAACAGAGUUUGGUGACCGAAAAUAGUACAAAGUAUCAACAGAAGGGUAGUAAAAGUAAAGGAGCAAGGAGAACACCAUAGGACGCUAUAGGAAAAAAAUGAAAAAAAGUGGUUGUCGACCGGACAAUGAAUGCGUGAUGGAAGAUAGUUGGGACGUGGUCAAGCACCAUCGUGAGUAGAAGUCGUGGGUUUCAUUUGUCAAGUCUACCUAGAGAAAGUUUCUAGUGGAAAUGUUGGCUCUGAGGUAUGGCGAGGAGCUACUAAACUUAGUAGAUCAAAGCUAGUACCAAGCAUCGAUGAAGGAGUUGUGGAAGUAAGGAGGAAACCACAAGGCUAGAAUGAAAGUUACGGUGAAAAGGGUGGUAGUUGAUAAAACGACAAAUUCAGGGAGAAAGAUAGUUAGGAAGAGCCGGCGAAAGAAUACAAAGGUCAACAAGGAGGCGUUAAGGUGAUUGCCGGUGGAGAAUAAGUUGGAUCAUAGGAAGCCCAUCAAGAACUGAGAAGCUCAAUGGUACCUUAUCGGGCAAGGUACAUAAGUGAGAAGAGAAUAUGGGCACCAAGAUGACUACAUCGAGGACGAGGGACAUAUAGAACUAGCGGGAAACAUUGGUAAGAGGAGUCACGAGUAAAUAAGUAAGAUGGAU